AUGUCUGGCAAAUUGAAAGAUGCGACUAUAGGACAUAAAAUGAAUAAUUUUGUGAGUAGUAAAAAUGAUCAAAGGAAUGAAGUUUAUGAUGCAAUUCCACACACCUCACCGAUAAACACAAGAAUAAAAGAAAAUUGUUUAAAAAAAAAUUAUUCCAGUGCACCUCAUUUUCACUUACUUAGUAAUCCACUGACAUUAAAAGUUACAAAAGAAUGGUGCCUUUAUCAACGAAUGACUAACCAAGAAACAAAAAGGGAAGAUAUGUUGAAACUCAUACAAUUACUACCUAGCAAAAUGAAUACAGUAUCGCAAAAACGGAUAUUAAAAUGA